UGUAAAACCCUAUAAUUUAUUUGAAUGCUGAAACUCUUUAAAGGAUUACUUUUCAUCUGAAAGUUUUAUUAUUGCUUUGUGCACAGUAGUUCUUAUGUUUUACACAGAGACACCAAAGUGAUCAUCAUGUCUAAUAAAGGGAAAAGGUCAGCAUGUUUCCUGGGAUUUGUUGCCAUUCUGCUUAUAUAUAUGCAGGUGGUGAACUCACAAGGACUUUUUGAAUUUUCAGACAUGCUUUUAGAGUUUAGCAACACAGAUGGAUACGUAAGGAAUAAACGAGCCGUGAGCACGGAGGAAAUAGAAUACGUUAUAAUCAUAGAGGUGAAUGUGUCACAAGCCAUUUAUUUGGACCAAAUCAAAUCAUCUUUGGACUCCAUCAUCCCUUUCAGAUUAGACAAUACCACAGACAUUGUUAGCUUUAACGUUACGACAGUGUGCAAUUUGACUGGUACUGAAUAUCAGUGCAGGUGUGAGGAUCAGUAUUCCUGGCCGUGUGAAAAAUGCGCACUAUAUGGGUCUUGUAAUAACGUCACCAAUUCCUCAUGUGGCUGCAUCAAUGCUUUUCCAAAUGAUGGACACUUCUGCCAACCAAUCAAUGAGCUGACGAGUAUGUAUAACAUGUAA